AUGACAAGUGGCGCUGGUCCUAAUGCUGGUGGUACUACAGGUCCAUCACUUUUCGCUGGAAAGAGUAAAAUAAUGGCUGUUAUUGGCGAUGAAGAUACAGUAACUGGUUUUUUACUUGGUGGUAUUGGUGAAUUACAUGCUAAAACACGUAAACCAAAUUUUUUAAUUGUUGAUAAAAAUACAAAAACAUCGGAUAUUGAUGAAACAUUUAAAAGUUUUCUUAAUCGUGACGAUAUUGGUAUUAUUCUUAUUAGUCAAUAUAUUGCUGAAAUGAUUCGUGGAACGGUUGAUGGUCAUGAUAAAACUCUACCUGCAAUAUUAGAAAUUCCAAGUAAAGAACAUCCAUAUGAUGCUACUAAAGAUUCUAUUUUACGACGAGCACGUGGUAUGUUCAGUGUGGACGAUUUCAAAUAA